AUGAGAAGGACUGGAGCAAGUGACUGGUCCGCCAUCUUGGACAGAAACAACAUGGCAGAGACAACUCAAAUGUUGUCAUUUCAUGAGCUGUUUUUUAAUGUAGACAAUGGAUAUCUUGAAGGAUUGGUCAGGGGAUUUAGAUCAGGGGUCCUAACUCAAAGUGAUUACCUUAAUUUAUCGCAGUGCGAGACCUUAGAAGGCAAGUGAUGUCCAUGUUUAAAAUUAGCUCUCUUGUGAUGAUUCAGAGUUCCGGCCUGCUUUUAGUUAAUGAUGAUAAUUAUUUGGUUCUCUUUACUCUUAAAAAAUCAAAAUAUUUAGAAUUUAAUUUAGUAGUUUUUAUCGAAAUAUGUCUCAAGACCAGCUACGGUUACAUUUCUCAAAUGCCAUGUCCUUCAUACAUGUCCUUCAACUCCGAUUAGUUUUACUUCUUUCAUGAAAAAUAGGUUAGUUCGGGUGAUUUUCUGGAAUCGGGUCACCUUUGUAAAAAAUCAUUUCUUGGAUUAAAACUCAACCUUUCUUUCUAUCCUUUAAUAUUUGUAGAAUGUUCUCACUUGACUUUGUAUGUUGCUCUAAACAUCUUUGUUGUUGUAUCACUAAUUAUUAUUUGUUGUUGUUAUUGUUAUUAUUAUUAUUAUUAUUAUUAUUAUUAUCAUCAUUAUCAUUAUUAACAUUAUUAAUAUGGUUGUCUUUAUGUAAAGACGUGUUAUUGACAACACCUUCAACUGGAUCAUGUGUACAAUGGUAACUCUAAAGUUAAGAUGGCUCUCCUUUUUGUCAUGUUUCAGACUUAAAGCUUCACUUACAGAGUACAGAUUAUGGAAAUUUCCUUCAAAAUGAAGCUGGCCCUUUGAAUGUGUCAGUGAUUGAUGACAGACUCAGAGAGAAGUUGGUUACUGAAUUUAGACAUCUUCGUAAUCAAGCUUUGGAACCGAUGGGAACUUUUAUGGAUUUUAUUACGUAAGUAAAGCAGACCAAGACUUAAUGAGAAAAUCAGGUAGCCCAAUGAAAGGCAAGAUGUUGCUUUGGUGUACUCAGCUUGCAAUCUGAGCUGCUUGGUCAAAAUUUAGUCUUUUUGCUGUAAAAUCAUUUGCCUAUCAUUAGGCAGCUUCAGUGUGAUGAAGCACUAACUUUAAAUACCCUCACUUAAAGGAGCACCGAUGGAGAGAGGGGGUAAAAUGAGUGUACUGUCAAUCCCAAGUUUAUCAUUUUAAUUACUGUCAUGAGGUAUGACGUAAAAUAUGGUUGCUUUACCUUUACCUUUAGGUUUGACUGUACCAUGUUUUCCUGUAUGAAGUUUUAGGUUCGUGAAUUUAAUGGUACAUGAAAUCUGUUUGUAAACUGGUUGAUAUUCUUUUGAUAAUCUUGGAGUGCAGACAGAGUCCUAUCAUCUUCAGUGUUUGCCAUACAGAGUCUUUCAAAUUGCUUACACAGACUAACUAUAAUUCAUUGACUUUAUCAUUGUAGCUAUAGUUACAUGAUUGAUAAUAUCAUCUUGUUGAUCACUGGAACUUUGCAUCAGCGACCAAUCACAGAGCUAGUUCCCAAGUGUCAUCCUCUUGGUAGCUUUGAGGAGAUGGCUUCCAUAAACAUUGCUUCCACACCAGCUGAACUCUACAAUGCCGUUAUGAUUGACACUCCUCUAGGUUGGUCAAAAUAUUGUUACUUUAUCAUUAAGCUGCAUUUUUUGUGACAAGGAGUUCCUUUUCAGUGAAAACUUGCCCCUGUAAAAGUAGCUUUAAACACCAGGCCACAGUUGUUCAAUCAUUGGAUAGUGCUAUCCAUCAGAUAUAUCACUAUCCAAUGGACAGUGCAAUAUUGGUUUCCCUAAUACUUACCCACUAGAUAGUGAUUUAUCUGAUGGAUAGCGCUAUCCAAUGAUUGAACAACCCCAGGCCAGGUGUCUAUCUCACAUUCUAUAUUUGAGCUAUUUUGAAAAAAUAGCUCAUAUGUCAGUGGUGUGAGCACAUGUAUCUUUGUGGCUUUGUAACUUUGUAUCUUUGUAACUUUGUAUGUUGGGAUGUUUGUUGCAAGAGCCAAUAAGGUUGAAGUUACUAUGAGUUGAUGCUUAGGAACCAAUGAGAUCUUGGCAUCUAUUUAAACAUGGCAUUGGUAAAGGUCGAACAAGGGCACUUUGAGACCGCCAUCUUGAUCCUUCACAAUUUUUUCGUCUUUUAUUACGGGUACAGGCAUUACAUAAAAUAUCUUCAUGAUUCAAACGCUGUGAACAGUGAUGCAACUGUUUAAGGGUUCAUAUUUAAGUGUGGAUGCUGCUUCAAGGCAUUUCUGACCUAAUUCGGCUAUCGGUACAACGCACGUCAGUGUGAGUUCUAUUUCACCUGCUACAACUGGGUAGAGUAUAAAAGAUCAUAUAUUUUCAAAUCUCUUCCAAUGAAGCAAUAAUUGAUAUUUAGAUAUGGACUUUUAUUCGAAAGUAUGCGCCCUAUAAAAUGUGGUUUUAGAAGUUUAAAAGGCAGCUUAUUUUUUUGAAAGCUGUAUCGAGUAUUGUUAAUCCUGUAAACAAGCUUUAAAAAUAUUAUUCUCUCGCUUAGAAAGUUCAACCGACCUUUUUUGUUCUAUUUAGUAAAGAUGCAUAACUUAAGUAGAAACAGUGGCGUUAGGGAAUAAAAUUUGAGGAAGCUAGUUGACACAAUAAUCAUAAUAUAAGUAGAAAUAUAUUUCGGCAGUUUGAUAAUUUUCUUGGAAGUUAAUAAAUGUUAGGCUAUCAACCUUGACCUUGCAUGAAACAUAAUUUAAUUGCAGAUAUUGUAGUAAAGCGGAGGUGAUUUCUUAAAAUCGUUUAAGAAAAUUUUGUAACAUCUUCACAUGCAAAUUGUGUGCAUGAGUUAUUUUUAUAAUUCUGUUUACUAGAUUACUGUGUGAUAACUCAAAUUCCCUCACGUACGAACGAAGAAAGGGGGCAAAGUCCGACACUUUCACGUGCCAGCUGUGUGACUGUUCAUCACAUGCAGAUUGGCUUUUCACAAUAAUAAUAGUAACUUGGACGUAUGAAGACCUGUUUCAUUUAGUAACCAAUGCCUUAAAAAACGCUCUUGUCUUUUAGGAAGCAAUAGCUUUUAAAACAUGACGAAAUAAGUUGUCGGAGUUAAAGACUGUUUCACUGAGUAGAAUCGCACGUGAAAACCCCGUGAAUUAUGAUGAUGCAACCAUCUACCACAAUGAUAAAAAUCCUGGUAUUUCGUAACUAUUCAGUAUUUGAUGAGUCACAUUUUGGCUUAAGAAACUCCGAGGAAACCUUAGAGUUUUCCUUCUAAUCAACGUUUGGUGAGUAGAAAUUUAUUUCACUUUAACAAUUUGUUUAACUUGCACCAGAUGUAACAGGGAAAGACAGAGGAAAGUGGAUAUAUAGCUUGAGGAUCGACUCAGCUGAGCGUUUCGUGUUUUCAUUUUGUACCGCAAUACGCAAUUUCGCACAAAAACCUAAUCUACAUUUAGGAUGAAAGAGGUAGAUGGAUCACUCUUGGUAAGGCUACACCGAAGCACUAAAGUUACACUGAAGCAUUCAAAAUAGCUCAUGCACGUUUAACGUGCCUAUGUUUUACAUUUUGUUGAAAGUUUAUUUUCAUUUACUUUGAACUCAUUAUUAUGUCACCAUGUGAUGCUGUUUUUUAUAGAUUGUCCUUUGCUAUCUCGUUGUAUAAUUUUAUUAUGGAUCCUUCCUCUUUCAAAACAGAGAAUAAAAAAUAAUGUUACAACAAAAUAUGUGAGAGCCUGUGCCAAGUCAUUGUAUUAAGAAAAUUGCUAACUCUUACUUUUUUUAUAGCCCCCUUUUUUGUGGAAUGCAUUUCAGAGCAGGACUUAGAUGAGAUGAACAUUGAAAUUAUAAGAAACACUUUAUACAAGGUAACUUUGAGUUAUAAUAACAAAAUAAAAUUAUAUCUAUUGUCUUCUCUAUGGUACAUAAUGUAAAGUAGUGGUAACCAUGGAGAUCAGAGGUCAAGUUGCCUGAAAGUCAUCUCGCCCCAAGUUAUGACCCCCUAAAACCAGAGUUACAUUGUAUGUUGCCUAAAAUCUACAGUUAUGUCACUCAAAAUUUUAUCAGGUGUAACACAUGGUGAAAUACUUUUAAGUUAAAGAGUGUGUAAUAUAUUUCGUUGUUUAAACCAGCAUGAGACCAAACAGGUGGGAUAAAUAAGUUAUAUGAUGAAAAUAUAUCUUAUUAUUUAAGCCUUUAGUUCUUGUUAGAAGCAAACUUAUUAAUGGGACUGAAAGUUUAACAUGAUUGUGUAAAAUGUACAAAAUUAGCAAUAUUUAUUUUUAUCUUUAUCUUUUACUUGAUAGGCUUAUCUUGAAGGGUUUUACAAGUUCUGUGAAGAUUUAGGUGGAACAACAGCAGAUGUAAUGUGUCCCAUCCUUCAAGUAUGUGUUUUCUUUUUUCAGUUGACUUGAUUGGUUUGUUGGGCUCUCAGUAACGUUCAAACUGGUCAUCUUUCAGGGUUGGAUACAAGGGAUGCAUGUAUCAUGCUAUGUCUAUUAAUUAGUAAUAACAAUAAUAAUAGAGUGGCCAACUUUCAUCACUUGCAGCAAAUAGCUGAAUGUAAAAGCGUACUAUAUAUGCUGCUGCUUCAGUCCAUGUUUGAUCGCACCUUGCCCACACCCAGACCAAUAAUGGCACAUGACAGAUAGACCAUGACACUGGGGCCUACAGUACGUCCGUUACUCUUUUUGAACAAUGUCACAUUUUUUUUUCCUGUACAUCUCCUUCCAACUGAUGUGUAAGGUUGAAGGAGAUACAGCCAACAGCUAAACGUCACUGCCCAAUAACGCGAUCAACUGAACUGAGAAAGGGGUUUUAGUCACAACUAGCAUGAUCUCACCAGUUAUUUAAGGACCUUUGUUGGUGGUCCAGCCAGGCUUUGAACUCACAGCCUCCUGCUCAGCAGACUGACACUCUUCCAACUGAGCUAACCUGACUGCACUUUAAGCCAAUGUCAUUGCCGUCUUUCUAUCCCUUGAGGCAAAUCAUUUUAAGAACUGUUUACCAUGAUGGAAAAAGAAAGCACCAACACAAAACAAUGUAUUUUAGUUAAUCUAGUAUUCAGCAUUCAAUGCAAACUGUAAGAUAUUACUGGUGGGAAGAACAACAGGAAUGAACUCAGCUCAUUUUUGUUGUUGGUUUCAGUUUGAAGCUGAUCGUCGCGCUUUCAUCAUCACUAUCAACUCCUUUGGUACUGAACUUGGUAAAGAUGAUCGCAAUAAGCUGUAUCCCAAAUGCGGGAAACUUUAUCCAGAAGGGCUUACAAGACUGGCCAAGGCAGAUGAUUACGAACAAGUUCGAGCUGUAGCUGACUACUAUUCUGUACGUAGAACUUAACACUUUUGUUAAAUAAAUAAAAUUAAUAUUAUUUUUGUCAUUGUUAGCCUCCUAACAGUUUUUGUCCAUGAAAAUCAGAUUGGCUACUGGGGCUCAUAAAUGGAUCAUUGUGUUAAUCAAAGAUAAAGCUUUUAAAGUGCCUUGGGAGUGAUAAGAUGUUUUGUGAUAGUUUUAUUCAAAGAGCAAUUUUUAAAAUCCUUUUAAUUCACUUAAGAACACAUACUUGUUUUGUUGGCAGUCAUACCCUUUCUAGUUACUUUAAAAGGAAGACUUGACAGGUAUAAAGUACAACUUUUAUAAAUUACUGAGAAAAAGUAAACUUCCACCUGUUUUUUAAUGGUGUAUGGUUUUGUUGCAGGACUAUAAAUCUUUAUUCGAAGGAGCUGGGACAAAUCCUGGUGAAAAGACGCUUGAAGACAAGUUUUUUGAACAUGAGGUUAACAUCAAUUUUUAUCCUCUUGUACUUAAAUUUGGCUCAAUUGCCCGGAGGCAGUGUUGAAGCAAAUACUGCUUUUUAUUAUGUAGUGUUAUGAAAGCUUUCGGCAGUACUGUCAGACUGCAAUACUCAGGGUCAGAAUGGGUAGAAAAAGGGGACAGACAGAAUUUCAGCAAAGUCUGUCUUCUAGAGCCUUACUUUCUAGAUACAAUAAUUAUUGCUGUCAUAGUUUUCUGGACCCACUCUUGGUCAGUGAGACAAACAUACUGGUAAGAAUAUCAGCUUCCUGAAGGGUAACAAAAAUCUUUCAUAUACGAACCUGUUAUUUUUGCCAGGCUGAAUGGCUUCUGAUAUUUUUGGGUAUUUUAUUGCCAAAUAUUAUUAGAGACUUUAGGUCCUGCACCCUAUACCUUCACCCAUUAUUGAUUAGAGUUGUGACAGAAGGCAGUCAUCCUUUUUUUUUCAAAUCUUGUAUUGUUUUUUUGCAGGUGAAGAUGAACAUACUAUCAUUUCAGCAGCAGUUCCAUCUUGGAGUAUUUUACGCUUAUGUCAAACUGAAAGAGCAGGAAUGCAGAAAUAUUGUGUGGAUUGCUGAAUGCAUUGCACAGAAAAAUAAGUCCAAAAUUGACAACUACAUUCCCAUAUUCUAA